UCUACUCCGCCUCGGCAUGGCUGCUUUAGGAACUGUGCUCUCGACAGGUGUCCGGAGGCUGCACCGCAGCGCGGCGGCUUGGGCGGGCAGCCAGUGGCGACUCAAGCAGGGCCUGGCUGCCAAUCCCUCCGGCUAUGGGCCCCUUACGGAACUCCCAGACUGGUCAUACGCGGAUGGUCGCCCUGCUCCCCCCAUGAAAGGCCAGCUUCGGAGACAAGCUGAAAGGGAGAAGUUUGCAAGACGAGUUGUACUGCUGUCACAGGAAAUGGAUGCUGGAUUACAGGCAUGGCAGCUCAGGCAGGAGGAGAAGUUGCAGGAAGAAGAAAGGAAGCAGAAAAAUGCUCUUAAACCCAAAGGGGCUUCACUGAGGAGCCCACUUCCAAGUCAAUAAAAAGCAACUCUUGCCACCUUUUCCCA